CGCGAGGAAAGGUGUUGAGUAUUCAGAGCCGGGCAGACAGAUACACACAUAGUUUUAAUGUCCUCUGGAUUAAAGAAAGCUCUCCUAUUAUCGCUUGAUUGCCUGAAUCAUAUCAAAGAUCACUGCGCAGCGACAAAAUGAGUCAUCUGAACCCAGGUCUUAUUUCAGCUUACAACAGCUUAACUGACAAACAUCUGACUGGAUACUUCAACAAUGCCAGAAUACGAAGACAUCUUCAGAAAGUUGGACUGAUCACUCGGAGCGGCCGGAUUGUUCCCGAUAAGGAGUACAAGCACAAGCUGAUCCAGCGAGCGCAUCAGAGACAUGUGAGGGAGUGUCUGGCUCAAGCCAUUUUUCACAAGGUGCUAGACAUGGAGCGCGUUCAUCAAACAGAGAUCAAGAGAAAACUUGAGGAAUUUGCACGGAGGGAACGAAUCCACAAAAUGAAGGCUGAGCGCACCAAGAGAUAUGAGGAUGAACCAAUGCUAAUGCUGUCACCUCGGCCACCUACAAGGCCAAAGAAUACACACGCACGCCAUUGUGGGCCAGAGGGAGAACAUUCAGAGUCAACAGAAUCUCCGAGUUCCUCAAGGCCAAACACGGCUCCAGGGAAGAUGCAGAGGCCUGUUCGACUCAAGCCCCUGAACAGCAACAGUGCCACGGCCUCUCUGAAGAGAAGCUCCCCUCGACACAAACCCCGCGACCGAGACUCCUCCAAUGACACCGACCAGCCCCUCAAUUAUACGCUGGACAGAGACGCCAUGAAACAUUUGACCACGACAGACUUCUCUAGCACUGUCUCGCCCUAUCGUCUUCCUGUCAUUAACAACUAUGUGACCCCUGUGCCGCCCCUCACAAAGAAGAAAGAGAGAGGACCGAGAGCGAACGGCACACUCAGGGGUCGAAAGUUAAGACCCACUACGGCACCAACAGCUGCUACAGAGCCGUCUUCUCUCCAGAGGACAUCAGCCCAGAGUAAAGUGUUAGUAAGCAUGGUGUACUUUGGGAAGAGUGUUCACCUGUCUCAUGAUCUGAUGGACCUCAGAGAUGAGGUGAAGGUCUUCCAGCAGCACUGUGGAGGAGAGAAUCUGUGUGUCUACAAAGGGAAGCUGAGAGAGGGAGAAGUGUUCCAGUUUGUGUCAAGACGUCACCAAGGAUUUCCAUUCAGUCUUACGUUCUUCCUGAAUGGCCUGCAAGUGGAUCGCCUCAGCUCCUGCUGUGAGUUCAAACACAGGAAAGGAGCUCGGCUCGGAGGCAGACACGGACACUUUGGAUUUUGCGGUGUGGAGGGAGCCUCUCCGUGCUACAAGUGUAUUAUUGCCAUGGGCUUGGACAAAAAACCCACCCCUCCUCAAAAAAGAGUGAAAGAAGAGCUGCCAACCUCUAAAUCCCCUGAUGCUAAGGAGACCACAUAUGUAGAUGAAGAUGUAGAAACACAGUCUAAUGCAGAGCCUGACACGCCUCGGGAAAUGGAGACAGAAUCUAAUGGAAAAACAACAGGACAGAAAAAGACCAAAGAUGACUAUGAGGAAGACUUUGAGGCAGAUGAUGAAGGGCCGGUUGAAGAUGGUGAUGAAGUAGAGGAAAAUCCAUCUUCUGCUACCAAUGGGGGAGAAAAAGAAACUGAGAGCAGGGAUGAAAAUGACAUAAAUGAAGAGAAAAGCAACUCUGACAGUGAUGAUGCCAAUAUGUCUAAGGUCAAAAGGUCACCAUCUGUCUCAUCUGGUCGAACAUCCAGUUUGUCCAGCAGUGACAACGACAAUAGUGAAAGAGAAAUUGUGGAGGACACCAAAGAAGUCACCGCUGCUGAUGUUCCAGAGGAGAGCUUACAAGCAGAGGAAGUUCUCACCCCAGCUGAGACCAAACCGGAGGAGACAGAGGCCACAGAGUCCAGCGAUGUUACAUUGCCUCAAGCUGCAGCAGAAGACUCUGGGACACAGGAUAGUCCAAUGGAUGGCGCGGAGAAGAGCGACCUCGAAAUGUCAGAAGACACAGACAAGAAAGACGGAACUGAAGGUGAGCAAUCUGGGGAGGAUGCCAAACCUGAAGAUAAGCCACAAGAAAAUGAGCCGGAGAGAGCCAAGUCAAUGCAGGAGAAGUUGGCUGAGGCUAUUUUGAAGGAAUCUCAAUGUAGUUCAGAGCCAGAGUUUAGUGAUACAAGCACAGAGGAAGAUGAAAGGGCCUCAGUGAAGACCCAACAGGAUGGCCAAGGAGCCGAAAUGGCUGAGAUCACUUUGCCACAACCAUCAAAUACACAGGAUGAUGUUCUAGAUGAAAGGGUGCAUGAUGAUGUUGAGAUGAGUCAGAAUAUAGAAGAAACAAAUGCACAGGAACCUCAUUUUCACACAGAAGAAGAAAUACAACAAAUAGAUGAGUUUCAGGAAAAAGUAGAAAGUUUAGACAUGGAGGAAAAGCAGACAGAAGAACAAAGUGCGAGGACAAAUGAGGUUGAACAACCAGAUAAAACUGAGGAAGUAAAAACUGAAACUGAGGAGGGACAGGAGAAAGUUAUGGAUGUGGACAAUACACAUGAGGUUAAUACAGAGUCUAAAGAAGACAAAGAAUCAUUAGUACAAGAACCAGAGACACAUGAUGAAGUGCUGGACACUGGAAAUACAGAAACUGAGGAUACAGAUAUGGAGGGAGAGGGCACGGCAUCUCAGAAAGAGAAUGGUACAGAAACAGGUGCAGUUGACACUGAGAGGCAGCGAGACGCUGAUGACGCAGAUCAGAACAUAGAGAGGAGGAGCGAUGGACAGAUAGACAGAGAUGAAAGAGACGACCUAGUAGAUGGGGCUGAGGAUGAUAGGUCAACUGGGGACAUGGUACAGGAGACAGAUGGCAAGGUGGAUGAUGGGGGCUCUGCCGGGAUGGUGGAAGAUGGAGAAGAAUCUAGUGAAGACAAGGCAGAGGAGGAAGCUACAGAAAAGGUAGAGGUUGAGGACAGAGGUGAAAAUUUGGGAACAGAGGAAGCAGAGAAACCUGGGGAUGAAGACACCCAGGAUGGUGAGAAGGAAAAUGAGGAUAGCCAUAAUUUAAAUGCAGAAGGUAAAGAAAAUGAGGACAGUACAGAAAAAGGUGAAAAUAGUGUGAAUGAUGAGGUUGGGAAUAGACCAAAUGAGUCAGAGGGUGGUCAAGAUGUGAGGACAGAGGGUAAUGAAAAAGAAGAUGAUGAACAGAAUGAAACAGAAGAUGCAGAACAGGUUAGAGACAAACUUAGUGUUGAGCUAGAGGAAGAAGGGCAAGAGAAACCAAACAGCGAGGAAGAUGUUGGAGGAGAAACCAAAGAAGUGAAAGACGAAACAAUGGAAGAUGGGGCUCAGAAAGAGGAAGAAGACGACGCAGAGGAGGAGGACAAGACGAUAGAUGAGAUGGCAGAGGGAACAGAUGGAAAUUUGGUAGAGAAUGAGUUAGAAACAGGUGAGAAGUUGGUAGAAGAGUCAGAGAAAGAGGUGACAGAUGUGAACAAAAUUAGUGAGAAUACAUUAGAGGCAGGGGAUGGAAAAGAAAAGGCCCAAAAACUAGAAGUCAACUCUGAGGACCAAAAUGAGGAGUCUGUUUCACAGGAAGAACAAAAUGAAAUAGGUUCCAGGGGGGCGCCCAAUGAUGAAACAGAGGCCAGUACCAAGGAAGAAGUGGAUGAACCUGCUGGGGUGAAUAAUGAUCUGCUGGAUAGUAACAUAGAUGCUGAAAAUGGAGAGAGACAAGAUGUCGGUCUUGAGGAGGCUGAGAAGGUAGAAGAACAUCUUCAAGAGGAAACGCAAGGCAAAUCAGAGGGUGAGACAACUGGUGAUAGGACGGAAGAUGUUGUAGAUGAUAACGAAAAGCCAGAAACUAAUGAAGAAGAAGAAAAAGGUGAUGAUAAUGUGCAAGAGAUUGAAAACAAAUCAGAUGCUGAACUUGUUCCCUUAGAAAGAGAGUCUGAGUUGGGUGAUGAACAUGAGGACCAAGCUAGUGAUAAUCAAAAAGCAGACAAGGAGGAUGACAAGGAAGAGGUUGAUAAAGAAUCAGAAACAUCUGCAACAACGUUCAUAGAAAAUGUAACCUCUCAGAUAACCCAGGAGAUGGUCAAUAAGGAUACAGAAAAUGACAUUGUCUCGGCAGAAGAACCAGAGUCAGAACUGAAAGGUACUGACAAUGAACUAAGAAGUGGAGAUGCUCCUGAAGUAAUGGAUGGUGAUCCAGUGGAACCUUUGGAGAGGAAAGGGAAUUCUGUAAAUAAUGAUGGUGGCUCAUCAGUUUCUCAUUCACUGAAAUCACAGCCUGUGGAGAACGUCAAGAGAGGGCUCAAAGGUCCAGCUCUGAGCAUUGAUUCAGAAGAUCUGGCCAUUCAUUCAGCAGCUUUAACUAAAGCAGUUGGGGUGGAUCUAGUAAGCAACUGGAUUAACAUACACCAAGAAUCAAGGUAUUUUCAGACUUUCAUCGAGCCUCUUGAAGAAGAGGGUCUCAUCUCGGAAGAAUCUGAGGAAAGGCUAAAUGGUGAAGUAUUAAAAACUACAGACACACCAACAAGCACUGUUAUUGAGGGCCUUGAUGAAACUGCAACUCCUGUAAGGAAAAAUCUUGAUGAGAACACAGAGUCUGUAGUUGAAAGCUUGAAAUCAGAGACUAAACUUGAGGGCAUUGAAGCAGAUGCUCAUAGUAAUCACUCUAAAGACAGCAUACACACCUCAACCAAAGAGGAAAGAGUCCAGGAGGAUGGAGAUACUAAAGGUUCUUUGGCCACUUGGUCAAGACAGAGUAAUGACGAACAAACCAAUCAAAAAGACACUGCUGGACAGGAAACUUCAAUGUCAGAUGAUGUCAUAAACCUAGCAGCAACAUCUGAAGACAUUGAAGAGAGAGCACCAUCUGAUACUGAACAUCAGGACGUACCUUCUAAUGUUGACCUGAAUGCAGAAGAGUCUGAAAGAAGUAAUCAACAAAACAUGACUGAUGAAACCACACAUUUAUCCCAAACAGAGGAAGCAAGUAACAAAGAGACUCAGGAGAGUUCAGAACACAAUUUGCAACUUGAACCUGUAUCUCAAACGGAGUGUAUCGAGCCUCAGAGUCCGACAAUCACAGUAAUUACAGACCUCACAAUCAUCAAUAAAUCGGAAAACGGGAGCCAGGAUGAUACCGCAAGUGUAGACUUUCAUUCCAGACAGUCGGAUGGAACCAGGAACGUGGAUGGAAACAGGAAAACGAAAGUAAUCGAUGAUCAUUUCAAACAGACUCUCAGCAGCAGAGACACUUUAAGCACUUUCUCAUUGGACGACUCAAGGUUUUUUGGGCCCGCAGGAUAUCCGAGAUUAACGACUGCUCACACGGAGAACAGUUAUUAGUGCAAUAGUAAAUCCUUCGGCUAACCCAGGGGUGUCCAGUCCUUCUCCUGUCCUGCUGAGUUUAGGUCCAACACCAAUUAAAAAUAUCUGAAAAAGGAUUAACAGAACUUCCAGACAAGUGUUUUGGGGCAAACUCAGAACUAAACACUGCAAGACAUCGUCCUUCCAGGAGCAGGAUUGGACACCCCUGCCUCAACCCAUAUUAUUGGGUUUAAAAUAACGGCACUUGCUUUUCCUUAUCAGAGACCCAUAGUGAGUCCUGUGCGCUUGGUAGGGAAGCUAUCAACAGCCCACUGAAAAUAGACACCGUAGGACUCACGCAGCACAAAUAAUUUAAUUAUUCAUGAUGCAGAG